AUGGAGUAUCAUGGACCAUGGUCUGUCAGUGUCAAGAACGAGACUGGUUCUUGCUACAAAAUAAGAGAACUGUCCGUGCCAGUGCACUCACAGUUCGCGCAUAGAAGGCGAGCAGGAACCACGCCAAGCCCAAUGGGAGCGUGUCAGCACGGCGUCUCGCUGCUCGGCCUUGUCCUGGCAGUGGCAGCCGCGCUGCUGGCGUGUCGGUGCACGGCGCAGGCGCAGGCGCCGGCCCCGGCGCCCUCAGGCGGUGGCGGGGGCUCUGGGUGCAUGCCGGAGCUCGUGAGCCUGUCGCCCUGCAUGGGCUACAUGUCGGGCAACGCGACGGCGCCCGGGGAGCCGUGCUGCGCGGCGGUGUCGGGCGUGCUGCGGUCCAGCCCGCGGUGCCUCUGCGCGGUGCUCGGCGGCACGGCGGCCACGCUCGGCGUCGCCCUGGACGGCGCCCGCGCGCUGCAGAUGCCAGCGGCGUGCAGGGUCCAGGCCCCGCCCGCCAGCCAGUGCGACGCCAUGGGUGCUCCGAUGUCUUCUCCGGCGGCGCCCUACGAUCCGGACGUUGCCCCUGCAGGGUCGGGAUCCAAGGCCGCUCCGACGCCUCAGGGCUCCUACGGGAACGUCAACAGAGCAGGAAGCACAAGUAUGGCCGUCGCCGUCGCCGUCGCCGUCGUGGCAAUAGCUCUGAUUCGUCGACCCUGACAACUGCUGAAUUGGCCCCGGGCACUGUAAAUGGACGAUCGGAAAUAGCAGAGGCCGAGACCCCGUUAAACUUGAACGUUUUUUUUGAGGGGGGGGG